CCCAUCCCCCUGGUGCAUCUUCACCGGGAACCCCUCCGACUUUCAUUCGGUAAAGUGGGAAGCGCCCGGCUGCGUGCUCGCUACGGAGACAUGGCCUCACCAAGGACGAUAACCAUCGUGGCCCUCUCUUUCGCCCUGGGUUUGUUUUUCGUGUUCAUGGGCACCAUUAAGCUCACCCCGAGACUAAGCAAAGACGCAUACAGUGAAAUGAAAAGGGCGUACAAGAGCUACGCCAAGGCACUGCCAGGCCUGAAAAGGAUUGGGAUCAGCUCAGUCCUGCUUCGUAAGAUCAUUGGCUCUCUGGAGGUGGGCUGCGGCGUGGUGCUCACCCUCGUGCCGGGCAGGCCGAAGGACGUGGCCAACUUCUUGCUGCUGCUGGUCAUGCUGGCUGUCCUGUUCUUCCACCAGCUAGUGGGAGACCCCCUGAAACGCUACGCCCACGCCCUCGUCUUUGGUAUUCUGCUCACCUGCCGGCUGCUUAUUGCCCGCCAGAGUGAUGACCGGCCGGAGAGAGAGGACAGCAGAGAGGAACAGCACUUGAAUGACCAGGAAAAGAACAAGGUCAAGCGGUCUUAAGAUCCUCUUCCACUUUGGUCCGAGCCGCAGCAAAGGGAACCGGGUGCGCCUCUAUGGAUUGUAGUAAUUCCAUUUUUGAAGGAAGCAGUCACUCCCAGUAAUAAAAGCCCUCACACGUCCCGUUUCAUCCAGCUGGCUGACUGAUUACUCUCACCCACUUCUCUGCACUCUUAAUGUGAAACUGAGAACUCCUGAUCAAUACAUCCUCUACAUAACCGUGGACAAUCAUACCUGUGGAAACUCUGAGCUCAGCUCAUUGUCACAAUAAUCACUCCCUUUUCCCUAUUUAUUUCAGUCCUACACUAUGCUAAACGUGUUUGUGCUUUUACUUGAGUAUGGAUUUCAUUUAUGUUCCAAUUUGAUUUGAGAAUGCUCUUUUUCAUGAAAGAAUCUUUGUAGCUUGUUUUUCUAAUUUGUUUUUAUACUGUAGGUAGGACAGAGUGAUAAUUUAUGAAUUUCAGUAGUUCAAGCAUGUUUCAUUUGGUCAAGACAAUAGAACAUAAACCAAAAGAAGCACUGUUGAAGGAAUUUUGUACUAAUUAUACAUCAACUAGUAUUACAUAUCCACAGUACUUAUUUUGGUGCAGUGUCACCAGAAAAGCUAUUUUAGAAAGAAGAAAUAUAUCAAUCCUCAUUCAUUUUUCAUCUCAGUAGAUUUUUACAGAAGUACGCAUGAAAUCCUUUCUCCUGCAGUAAAAUAAGCUGAAUAGCCUUUUUCUCCUUCCAGUUCAGUUAUCACAGUGAAGUUGUUUAGCUUGAAAGACAGCAGGUGCUGCCUCAGGUGUCUGCUGCUAGCUUGUCCAGCAGAACAUAACCAAAUCAAAAAAGUCUUUUUGCCUGUGAAAAAUUGAAUUUUACCUUUUGUAAUUCACAGUUAGGGUCUUAAACUUAUCCACUGUCUCUUAAAGGUUCUGCUCAUCCAUUUGGUUUUAUUUAUUUUUUUCUCUUUGGGGAUGAAAACUCAGUUGAAAAUGCUGUGAGUUUUGAGAUUCACAAUAUUUCUGUAAAUGAUAUACUUAAAAUAAAGAAUUGGAGGUAAGAUUGACUAAAUAUUGUUUGUUUAUUAGCAGUGUUGCAUU